UUCAGUCGACAUUGAAGAAUAGACUUGAUCAUUUAAAAAAUUUCCGCUAUAGAUUUCACCUGCGCGUUGUAACAUUCACGAUGAAGAAAAUUUUAAUACUGUUAGUAUAUUUUGUGUGCAUAUGCUGUUUAGUUCGUGCCCAAUCGGGGCAGCUCAAAUGUGAGAAAGAGGGUUUCGCAAUAGUUCAGUCCACGAAUUGUGGUUCAUAUUACUACUGCUUCAAAAGUGCUAACAAUGAAUUUUACCCAAUCGAAUUCAAAUGCCCCUCAGAUGAAGAGUUUUCUUUGCUUAUACUCAAGUGCAUACCGAAAGAAGAGAAUGAGUGUGGAAAGCUUCCAGAAACACCUGUUGGACCUGAAGAUCCUACAUUUUCGGAAGAAUUUGUGUGCCCAUCACAAGGACGUUUCCCAGACGUGGAAUCACUUGAUUGUAAAUCCUACUAUAGCUGCACUGCGGAUCUGAUCCCCACGCCAAACAAAUGCCCAUCAGUAUCCAUUUUCUCAUGGACUCUUAUGAAGUGUGUGAUGCCGGAAACAUUCACUUGUCCAAAUGAGAUCGUAACGACAACAGAAGUAAUGACAACUGAAGCAGCGACAACUGAAACAGUGACGACUGAAAUGGCGACAACUACAAGCAAUCCGGAAAGCUUCGUGUGUGUUGCCGAGGGCCGUUUUCCUGAUCCACAAACCGUUGAUUGCAAAAGUUACUAUCUUUGUGCGAAAACACCCAGUGGUAGUGUUGCGGCAACGCUUAAUCAAUGCCCUUCAACGGCUCUUUUUUCGCCCAUAUCUAGUAAGUGUGUUACGUCAGAAAACUACGUGUGUCCUCAAACCGUAUCGCCAACAAGUACCAUGGAACCAUCUACGACUGAGGCAAUCACGACUGAUUUGUCUACUCAUGAGCCAACAGCUGUUGAAACAACGGAGAUUGUUGAUUCGACCACAUCAUCUUUUGUAACAGACGAAAUGGAGCAACCGAGCACUAUUACUAUCGAUACAACUAUCGAAACCGAGCAACCUAGUGAAGAAAUAACACACUCAGUUUCCGUAACAGAAACUGAAGAGCGAUCUACAACAGCAUAUGUUACUACCACUGAGACAACGACUGAGGUUGUCGUAACGACCGAGGAACCUUCUGUUGAGGAAACAACUCUUUCUUCAACGAUUUCGGCAGAAACAACUAGCACUGCGGACAUAACCAGUAGCGAAGAAACAACCCAUUCAGUUUCCGUAACCGAUACUGAACAAGAGCAAUCCACAACAGCAAACACCAUGAGCACUGAGGCAACGACUAAAAUUAUUGUGACUACCGAAGAACCUGUAGUUGAGGAAACAACUUCUACGGAAUCUAAUGUAGAAGAGUCCACUACUGAUGGGAUCACUACGAAAGAUCCAUCUGUAGAAUCUUUUACUUGCACUGCACGUGGACGUUUUCCGAAUCCGGCCGCGAGCGACUGUAAUAGUUACUAUCUAUGUGCGGAAAAUGCAGAAGGAAUCCUUGAGGCAACUCUCAAUAAAUGUCCUUCAGUAACUGUAUUUGAUCCCUUAAAGGGAAAAUGUGUACAUUCAAAUGAGUACCAGUGUAUACAGGGUGAAGGUACAACUACGCAUGCUACAGGGGAGCCCGGCACAAAUGAAGUGACCACACAGGAACCUCCAACUUCUGAACCAUUUGCAUGCCCGAGCGCUGGCCGCUUUCCUGAUCCCACUUCAACGGAUUGCAAACGAUACUACCUCUGCACCGGAACCGCUGAAGGAACCUACGAAGCAGUGUUAACCCAAUGUCCGACAACCACCCUUUUCUCUGUGGAGAAUAAACGAUGUGUUUUAUCUAGCCAGUAUCAAUGUCCUAUCAAUAUACCUAGUACAGAACCAAUUGACCUCACGACAACGGAGGCAGCUAUUUCUACAACCGUACCAUCAACAACUACGGAAAAAUUUGUUUGUAGAGGCGUUGGACGCCAUCCCGACACGAGUCAAACUGACUGCAGCAAGUACAAAUACUGUCUACUAACAGCGACGAAUGAGUUCCUGGAAUACACCUUCUACUGCCCUGCAGGCACUUAUUUUGAUCCAACAGACCUCCGAUGCUCGAUGAGCUAUAGCUGUCCACCUAAAGUAAUCACAAUUUUAGCAGAACCCACAACACCAAAGCCAUUCACUUGUGCUACCGGUGGACGCUUCUCUGAUUCAUCAUCCGCAGGUUGCGAAGCUUAUGUAAUGUGCUUGGUUACGGCUACGGGUGAUAUUCUGCAAUACAACUUCAAAUGCCCAUCCGGAUCCAGGUUCGAUCCAAAACAAGCCAAAUGCGUAACCAACUAUAAAUGCUUUUAGUAGGUAAAUGAAUAGCAAACAAUCAGUAUUAGGGAAAUUCCGAAUCAUGAAUCGAAUAUGCAUUUGAUGUGCGAUGAUGAAAUAGUAGAUCGAAUAUAAUAACUUCUUAUUUUAA